UGAAAGAUCUGGUCGCAGGGAGAGGAAAAGCUGUAAUCGUCGGCGUGCUUCCAUCCUGACAGCAUCCUUCAUCGCUGCUCAUCGAACCUCUGGGCACCAGCCCCUUCAGCUCCACGGAAAAGGCUAAACAUCUCCAGUUCCCACAUUGGAUCCUCAGCUAGGGGUGUGGUGGAGACAAUUGGCUCAAGAGGGCUCGGAUGAAUUCCUGUGUGUGCCACAUCGUUUGCUGGAAAUGUGUCUGGGGUACCACUGAGCGAGGAAUGUGCAUCUAACAACUGCUAACAGGAAUGGAGCUGCCUGGGAGGGGGCGUUUGGGACUUCCAAGCUCUUGGAGACGCAGCCAGAUGAAGUCUCCUGACUUGGACCCGGAUUUGUUUACGGAAAGUUACUGCAAGGUGUGCAGUGCUCAGCUGAUCUCUGAGUCUCAGCGUGUGGCGCAUUACGAGAGUCGAAAACAUGCAAGCAAAGUCCGACUUUAUUACAUGCUCCACCCUAUAGAUGGUGGGUGUCCAGCCAAGAAGCUGCGAUCAGAAAAUGGAAGUGAUGAUGACAUGGUGGAUAAGAACAAGUGUUGUACCCUCUGUAACAUGUCUUUUACAUCAGCAGUGGUGGCUGACUCCCAUUAUCAAGGGAAAAUCCAUGCCAAAAGGUUAAAACUGUUGCUAGGCGAGCAAACCCCCAUAAAGGGCACAGGGAAUGCUAGCAAGGAGCAGAGAGUGGAGCACAAUGAAGGCGCCCAGCUUGAAGAACUACGGGAAACCCCCUUGAGUCCACUCAAGCCGCCCCACUCGGCCAGCACCCCAGGGGUGGCCAUGUCUUCACCACAUCGUCGAAGAGAUUCAGACAGAUACUGUCAGCUCUGUGCAGCCUGGUUCAAUAACCCUCUGAUGGCCCAGCAGCAUUACGAAGGCAAAAAACACAAAAAGAAUGCUGCCCGGGUGGACUUGUUAGAACAACUAGGGAAGACGCUGGAUCUGGGGGAGUUGAGAGGUCUGAGGCGCAGUUACACGUGUAGCACCUGUCACGUCACCCUCAACUCAAUAGAACAGUAUCACGCCCACCUGAAAGGCUCAAAACACCAGACCAACCUGAAGAAUCAGUAGUGAAAACACCUGGGAUGAGAAAACAAGGGAUGAGGAAAAAAAAUCAGGAUUACUUCUGCCAAGGAGAAUCACUUACCAACCAGUGGAGGAGGAGUCUUUCUUGGACAAUGAACAUUUCUUAAGUGGAUUCACAAAUUAACAUAGUAAUUUUAGUGUGGGGAAACAACUGGAUUUUCUUUCUUUAAAAAACAAAUUCUUUGUGGUAAGUUAAGAUGGAUUAAAAAAUUUCUUGGAAAAAAGAUUCCACACACAUUCUCAAGUAUAAUGCUGUAGCAAACGGCUAAGGAAGAAUAUAACUCAACCUCAAAGACAGCAGAGAUUUAGAACAAAAGAAACCCCACAAAACACACACAACUUUUGGGGUAUUUAUUCUAGAUUUCUUCAGAGUAUAAUUAUUCUGUUAAAUUAUUGAUGAUUGUGAUGUAAAACCAUCUUCCACCAGAAACAAACGUUAUUCCUCCACCAUGUUCAGCAUGAUUGGUGUCAAUGGGCAGAGAACCAGACUGAAGCUCAAUCAAUAGGAGAUGUAUAAUGGAUGAAUCCCAUGCCUCCACAUGAUGCCUUUAGAAAUGCGGAUGGAUCAUGCCAACUGAAAAAGGAGAGCUUGGAGAUAAAGGGUGAAAUCACCAACUCUUUUCUCUGUCAUUCAAGUACAGCUUCUCAAGGUUAAAACAAGGGUUUUCCCUUAAGAGACCAAAAGAAUGUUAAAUAUAAAGCAUGAAGGGAAAAGCCAGCCCAUGGGAUGGUGCACACACUACCCACCCCGCCACCCCCCCCCACAACAGUUGACUCCAGUUUAUUUCUUUUCCCCAAGGCACCAGAUAAAGAAAAGAAAUCCAUUAAAUUGAAUGAAAGUAAACAGGUGUUUCCUUUGACGUGAACUUGAGUCAUGACCUUUUAAUUUGGGGUGGAUUCUGGUUAUACCUGCAGAAGUGAAUUUAAAUGGAAGGCAAGAGAAGGGAUGUCAGUUUGGCCAGAGCACUGGGGUGGAGCUCUUUCUGUAUGCUUCAUUAUUCCUUUCUAAUGUCACUGUCCUAGGUUUCUUGGAGGCUCCCACAAAAAUGAAUAUGUAACUCAUAUAAAUUAUACAUCAGUGCUACAGUUGGUGCCCAGGUAGAGUUCACAAAGACAUGGUAAGAGCAGGGAGUCCUUUUUCUGACUCUGAGAAAGAAUUUGGAUUUUCUAGAUUGUGGUUGCUAUUUUUGUAGAGAAUGGAGGUGCCUGAAACUCAGUGAGUAAUAGAUGAAAUGUUUCUCAAAAGAAGGCAAACAACCAUCUUAAUAACUUGGACUUAAACAUGAUACCUAUCUUUUGAAGAGGAGCCUCUGCUGUCCACAGGCUGAUCAAGUAAAAACCAAGAGGGGCACAAUGCUUAGAAACAUCAAUAGCCAAGCAAGGGCUGUCCAACAUGAACAAAAAGAACCAUGUUCCAGCUGCAAAAAGGCUGAUGUAAAUGCUUCAGAACACCUGACAGCCUCCCAUCCCAGCAAAGGUGGUUUCCUUUGGUGUGUAAAAUAUACCUUGUCAAUUUUGCUAUAAAGUAAGCAAAGUCUGUAUAUGUGUAUGUACAUAAAUAUAUUAAAUAGUGUUUGUUUCUUUAUGUGUGCAGUGAGUGAGCUGUGCAGUCGAUGAGCUGGAACCCUGAAGUGUUGUUGUUGUUGUUGUUGUUUUCAGAUAACCUAAUACAGCAUAUGAUUUUAUUAACUAUCAACACGAAAUUCUCCAGUUUCGUGUUGAAAGCACACCAAGCCUUUUGCUGAUAAGUCUCCCAAUUUGGACCUAAGCAUGUUUAUUUCAGGAUGCUCUUGCCUAGGGACAUCACCACAUUUCAUCUGUCUGACUGCCAACUGAAAGAGAGUAGUUUUUCCCUCAAUGAUUGGGACACAGGAGGAGGUGGGCUUUAACAUUCACAGACACAUGCAUAUAGGAUGAAAUAUUCAGCAUCGCCCAAGAAAGAAACAGUCAAUUACAGUUUCCUUUCUAGUGUUAUCAGGAAAGCCAGAAUCAGGGCCAGAGAUGGACCUGUCCUUUUUUCUGUCAUUUAGGCUACCAUGUCAUGGGGCAGGAAUGGGGGGAAGUCAGGGCAAACUGUCUGGGUAUUUGGAUUGGAGAGAGGGAUCAUAUUGUGGGCUUUUCAUUAUUUACCUCCAUAAUGAACACAUACUGACUCACUCCCUCAGAACCAAGCCAUCUACAUGGAGGGUACUCUGAGGGGUUGGGGGUUAUCUCUUCUUUAAUGCCAUGACUUGAGCCUCCACUGGCUUUGUUUUCCCCCUACUUCUAGACCUCAUUGGUUAGCAUCCCAAGUACCAUUAAAGCCCUUUAAGGUAUAUUUACUUUGAAAAUAUAGCAAGAACAUAUUUGAUUUAAAAAAAAAACAACCUUCCUGCCUUUCUGUUUAAGAUCUUAUAAAUCAACCCAAUCCAACAAGUUUUUUUAUUAAGCCUCCCAAAUACAGGCUAUGUCAUCCUGGGCUAAUGAUUAACUCCUCAGUGCUCUCGGGUAACUUUAUAAGAUACUGUCACAGAUCUUCAUUGGUAGAGGAAGUUUCUACACUGGGAAUUCUAUGUAAAGAUGAAAUCACAGGUUGGAAUCCUUUCCUCCAAUCCCAAAAAAAAGAAAAGAAAAGAAAAAAGAAAAUGAAGUAAAAAUAUGUGAAUCCUCUGGUAGGCACUGGAGAUAUAAAAAACAGACAGGUACCUGUUAAGCUACAUGUGAAUGGGGAAUUGUUUAAUACAUGAGAGAACCACAUCAGAGAACUUUAGAGAGAUACUCAUUUUUACCAUUUUCCACAUA